AUUUUCCACAUCGACAUAGGUAUUCAUCAAAAACAUCGUCCCGGAAGUGUCGCAAAGUCAAAAUAUAUUUUAUUUUAUCUGCACCACGUCAAGUAAUUUUACUCUGUGAAACUUGAAGACAAUCCAAUAAGGUGAAAUCCCUUGCAAAUAAAGAAUUUAGAAAAAGACAAACAGGCGGACUGGAGAGCAAAAAGGAAACCGGAAAUGACCAUCAGAAGGGUCACGGGUCAAGGUAUUGGGUAGAGGACAUCUCCGGAUCUGGAUUUAUAGACAUUUAUUAAACUGAACGGAGCAACCAAGCACAAUUAAGAUGGUCUCCAAACAAACGGUCACUCUUGCUAAUAGCAUUGUGGGGGUUAGCGUCUUAGCUAUGCCGUUCUGCUUUAAACAGUGUGGUAUAAUCCUUGCGACAUUGAUGCUUAUCCUGAGCGCCGUUAUUACUCGAACGGUGUGUUAUUUCCUUCUGAAAGCAGGAACCAUCACGAGGAGACGUAAUUAUGAAAUGCUUGCGUGGCACACGUUCGGGUCGGGUGGAAAAUUCAUAGUUGAAAUUAGCAUUAUCGGAUUUCUGAUUGGAACGUUGAUUGCAUUUUUUGUUGUGAUUGGUGACCUUGGUCCGGAAAUUGUUUCUGAAGUAUUUAACAUCGAGGACAAAAAUUCCUUGCGCAACAUAAUUUUGGCUGCUUUGGCACUCUUCGUCGCGUUACCAUUAGGACUUCUUCGGAAUAUUGACAGCCUUAGCAGCGUCUCUACUGCAUCCGUUCUAUUUUACGUCUUCCUAGUUUUUAAGAUUUUAAGCGAAGGACUUGGACCUUUAUUCUCAGGGUCGUACCUGGACAGGAUAGACUACUGGAGACCGGCCGGCGUACUUCAAUGCAUUCCAAUUUUAUCAAUGGCUCUGUCUUGUCAAACGCAAAUAUUUGGAAUCUAUGAAUCUCUGCCGGAACCAUCACUGCAUAAAAUGAAUGAAAUUGUGAAGCAAGCUGUCACCAUUUGCACAGCCUUCUAUUUUUGUGUUGGAUUUUUUGGCUACAUUGCUUUUUGCAAUCAAAGUUUCGGAGGCAACAUCUUGAUGACACUCUCAUCCAGUUGGACGACACAACUGAUUAAAUUAUGCUUUCUAAUGUCUAUUGUAUUUAGUGUGCCAUUAAUUGUGUUUCCUUGCCGGUCUAGUCUCAACUCGCUAAUUUUUAGAAGGGAACAAAUGCAUCACAGUUUGCAUGACAUAUCUACAAAUUACAUUUCCGAAGGAAGACUCAAAUUCCUAACGAUUCUCAUCAUUGGAUUUUCUCUUGUUGUUGGAAUUCUAAUUCCCAACAUUGAAUUAGUAUUGGGCCUUGUCGGCUCUACAACUGGCACAGUGAUUUGUAUAAUCUUUCCAAGUAUCAUGUUUAUUCGCGUUACUUCAAAGUUAACCACGGAAAGAUUACUUGCUCAAGUAAUUUUUUUCACUGGAGUGGUAAUGAUGGUUGUGUCGACGUAUGCCACGCUUUAUGCAGUGGAACAAGAACUUGCUGAGGACCCAUUGCCUGAUCAAGUACGGUUGGCUGAAAUCAUUAAUGACGCAAGAAAAGAUGAAAUUCAAGCAAAUUUUGAAAGCCCUGGUGGUAAAAUCGUGGAGAUGAGCGAAGAUCUCAAGAACAAACUCCACGAUCUACAGAAGCUAAAAGACGAACACGAUAAGUCUAUUAAACCUCAAUCCUCCACAGAAUCCGGCGUCAGCAGCCCAAAAAUUCCCGUGCAACAGAUUGAUAAAAACGAUAAGAUUCAAGCGCCUAACGAUGUAGCAGAUAAUAAGGACUUAAUUAAACCGGAAAGCGAUUUACGUCCUCCUCCCGUGGCCGCUGUGAAACAAGAGGAAAGUAACAUCAAAGAAGUUGUUCCACCACCACAACCGAAAGCACCGAGCCAGUCGGAGAAACUUGAUCCAAAAGCAGAAAAUCAACCGGCUCGAGAUACAAUGGUAGAGAACCUUCCUGUGCCCAAGGAUGACCAGCAAAAUAAUGAUGCGGGGGAUAAAUCACCGGCUCUAGAGAAAGAUGCAGCGGUUGAAAUAUUGAAAAAGUUGGAAGUACACCAAGAAAAUCAGAAAAAACUUUUAGAAGAACAGCGAAAAAUAUUAGAAGAAUUAAAAGAACACCAUGAACAAGAUGUUCACCGACAGCAGCAAAGCGAUGUCCAGGACAAAGUAGCACCUCGUGAAGCUGACGAACUAAUCAAUGCUGUAGCUCGAGAAUCUAAAAAAGAAGACGCCAUUGACCAGGACACGAUUGAUAAGAAAGUCGAAGUACUUCAACAAGAGAAAUUAAUUGAAAAGUUUUAUGAAAAUAUUGAAAAGGAAAAAGAAAACGUCAAAAUUAUUGAGAAAAUAGAAGAAGGUCUCAAUAAAGAGAUUGUAAAAAUUGAGUCUGAACCUAAACUGGAAACAAGGAUCAAGUUGCCAGACCCCAUCCCAGUCACGGACAACCAACAGCUUCAACAACCGAUCGUCGUUGGAGAUAGAAUUGGACAAUUGGUGAACAAAAUUGAACCUUCUGCAAAUCCAAACAUUCCAGAUCCACAGAUUAAAGUGGUUAAGAAUGAUGUCGAUGCUAUUAAUCCACCCCCAAAGGAUGUGUUAAAAUCAGUUAACCUCCAGCAACAAACUCUGGAAAAAUCUCCCAUAGUCCAACAAAAUAUGAACCCUCCUCAAAAGCAGGAGACUGUUAAUGAUGAGCCCCAUGACCGAAUAAACAUAAAUAUUAAACAAGAACCUCUUGUUGCUGAUAAGCAUGACACACCCACAGAAACAAAACCAAAAGAACCACUCGAGAAGAAACAACCAGAAGUGCAAGAGAGAAAUGCAAGCUCUAAGAUACCAAAAAAUGAAAAGGUUCCUUCUCUACCACCGAUUAAAAAGCCUAUUGAUCGUGAUAUUUAAUAAAAGUUUUAUUGAUGGUACUUUCGUGAUCUAAUCAUCUAUGCGGAAUAAACGGAUUAUUUUAUUUAAAACAAAUGUA